AUGUGUCGUCCAUUGGCGGAUUGCACAAAAAGAAAAAAGUCUACACUCCCUCCCCGUACGGCCUUCUUUCGAUUGCUAGAUUGUUUGCUGCUCCUUACCGAGGUCGAAGUUUUGGUUCCCUGUAUCUCUUUUAGUCGUUUCCCUCCUUUUUUUUUUCAUCAUUUUACAGUUCUCCAGCACGAACUUUCUCUCCCAGGGUUCUCACGUGGUUCAGUAGUGGCUCACCAUCCUGCUAUGCGCUCCGGUUUGUUCGGAACCGAGGGACUCCGUAAGGAAACUCCACGUGGCUACACGGUGGUGGUGGAGGGUACCACCGCGGUUCUGUUUCCACCAGCCGCCGGGAGCAGUACUCAAAUUGGUCGAGGGUUCAGUGACAUUGACAAGGAGGAGGUUGGGAAGCAAAGGAAGGAUGACUCUUGCGCCCCUAAUUGCUCUCUAAACAGCAAGGAGGACAAUACCUGCGGUGAAGAAGAUGAGGAAUGUGGCCAAGCUGUGUUUUACAACCCUGCACAGGUGGUGAACCGUGACCUGAGUGUCUGUGUGAUUGCUUGCUUCUCACAGCUGAGAAAGGAGGAACCGAAGAAUAAGGGUGGUACGCGCCGUGGCAUUACUAUUCUUGAGGCAUUAAGCGCAACAGGGCUUCGGGCCAUUCGGUAUUAUAAAGAAAUUCCAGAUGUGAGGUUUAUUAUUGCCAAUGAUAUCGACUGUGACGCGGUUGAAUGCAUUCGACGAAACUGUGAGUUUAAUGAGGUACCCUGUGUUGCACCGACUUUUCAGGAAAACUUCCCGUCCUCUUGUAUUCGCGUGGAUGAGACAACAGGAACAGUUGAAAGCGGGGGAGCAAUUUUUGCUAAUUUGGACGAUGCGAAUGAUCUUAUGUUUAGGCUCGCUACCAAUCCAACUGUUAACCCUGGCCAUCGCCUGUGCCUUGCUGCCACGCAAAACGGAUCGUGUAAAGAUGGCGUUGAUACAGAGUCUGGUGAGGCGAGGGGUAUCAGGCCCCUAAUACAGCAAGAACUUGUGGACGUCGUUGAUCUUGACCCGUAUGGUUCCGCUUCCCCCUUCCUUGAAGGUGCUGUGCGGUGCAUUAGGGAAGGGGGACUAUUGCUCGUGACGAGUACUGACAGCGCUAUCUUGUGUGGGAAUUACCCAGACACAUGUCACGCAAAAUACAACACUGUACCUACGAAAAAUGCUGCGUGCCACGAGAUGGCAGUGCGCAUCCUUCUCGCUGCCGUGGAGCGUGUGGCUAAUAAACACCGCAAAUACAUUGUUCCGUUGCUUUCUCUGCAUAUCGAUUUCUAUGUUCGUUGCUUUGUUCGUGUGUACACGCAGCCGGCAGAGGUGAAGCUCAGCCCAUGUAAACUGGGUUAUCUCAUUCAGUGCAACCACUGCCCCGCGUUUUGGGUUAGACAAAUAGCCGUCUCACGUAUGCGGGUGAAGAAGCGGUCUCGAAAACUAGGCAAUGCGGGAGAAGACGUGACUGCCGGAAGUCAAGGCAAUGUGGCGAAAAGUGAGGAACAUCGCCUCUCAGAUUCAGGAAAUGCGAGAGGCACCAACGAGGGUGGGGAGGCGCACAAGGCUGAUGAAUGGGGGUGGGAACGAUUCCCUGCAGCUCCAUCCCGCCGUGAGAAUCCCAAGAUAGUUUCCCCUAGUCUCCAACAAAUUUUUCCAUCUUCACUGCGCGGUCACUGUUGUUGUGUUUGCGGAGCAUCUGUGUCGCUGUCUGGCCCCAUCUACGCGGCCCCGACGCAGAGUGCGCCAUUUCUCGGGCAGCUAUUGGUAGAGAUUGAGCGGCGCGCUUCUGCUAACCAUAUUACCGCUGUGGCGCGUAUAUCGGGCCUUGUUCGUGUUGCAAUGGAAGAACUAGCCGAUACCCCGCUCUUUUACCAGUUGCCAGACGUCGCCUCUUUUGUACGUGUCCGUUGUCCCCCCGCCCCGCUAUUUAUUGGAGCCCUAGGACGCAAGGGAUACCGCUGCAGUCAAGUGCAUUGUGCACCGUCAGGUAUCAAGACUGAUUGCCCCCCGGAAAUUGUGGUCGGUGUGAUGAUGCAAUGGAAGAAGUACGAAGAGGAAAAUAAUGAGAGAGUUGUUGAAGGAGGAAAAGAAGAGGAUGCGGUGCUUGAUAUCCACUCUGAUCGUGUGACCUCUCCUCCCGCCAUGAUUGAAGGCGGGGGUUGUGGAAGCGGUGACGGAAAGAGUAAUGAGAGGGGAACCAGGAAGAAAGGGAGGGUAGAUCAACGCGUGCCGCUAGUGAAACCUUUAUCGGAUGUUGACUUCUCCUACGACAAGCAAUUUGAUUUCCGUGGUGCUGUCACAGGCGUGGCGAAGUUUAUUCCCAACGCCCCCAACUGGGGACCGAAGCGAAAACACCAAGGGGCCAUGCAUUCCGCUGUCGAUGCUCCAUGA